AUGUGGAUACCCAAAAAUACAAAAGACUCAAGGAGAAACUUAUUGGUUAUGAGUGUAAAUGUCUGCAAAGAAGAAAGAAAUUUAUCGAGAAAUGUGCAAAAUGCAUAGUGUUUGAAAGAUUCAGAAUUGACUGUAUUAUUUUAAGAAAUCAUCAGAAUUUAUAUGUUUGGGUGCUUCAUUUAAUAUUUCUAAUUUUUAAACUAAUCCUUUAAAGCACUUACUUAGACAUCAGGGUUUUUUUUGUUCGGAUAUAAUUUUUCUUCUCUUUUAAAAUUAGAUUAGAUUAGCGAAUUAGUUGCUAUUUAUUUGAGUAUUUGCUAAUCCGCAUGUAAAUAGCAAUUAAAGAAGAAUCAAUUAGUCUCUUUUUUAACCAAAGGGGGGUUUAAGCUAAUUAAUAAACCUAAUUAUUUUUAAAAAUUAAAAGCAAAUUAUUAAGCCCCUCCUCAACAAUUAAUAUAAGAAUUAAUUGAAGGGGACGUUUGA